AUGAUGUCGAAGGCGUUGUUGAAAUAUACCACCGGGCCAAACAGUCCGGAUGUGCACAGCAAAUACCAGCCGACGGACGAAGUGAUAUUUCGUAGUCCGUUCGGGCCAUUCCCCAAGGUCGACCCUGAUCUGAACCUGCAUGACUUCUUCUUCCCUCCGGAUAACCCGCUCCAUUCUCCUGAUCAUGACCUGUUCAUCGAUGCGGCGACUGGCACGACGGUAUCACUGUACCAGUUCCACGACAGGGUGCUCUGUCUCUCGAGGGUGCUGCGGCAUGACGGACCCAACCCGGUAGGACUGGGAAAAUCACCAUAUGAUGAUAGUGGAAGCGGUGAGAUCAUCGGCAUACUAUCAAAGAAUCAUCUCGCGUGGCCGCUGCUGGCGCACUCCUGUUUUCGAUCAGAGCUGGUGUUUGGUGGAAUCAGUCCUAAUUCGACCCCGUAUGAGCUAUACCAUGUUAUGCGCAAGAUGCAGACGACGUCCAUGGCUGUCCAUGAAUCCCUGCUUCCGUUGCUGCUGCAGACUGUCAAGAAUGGCCCGCAAGGGGGCAACGAUAGUACCUUGGAUUUCGUCUUUGACCCUAGAAAGAUAAUAAUCAUAUCGGAUGAUCCGGCGUUGGACACGGUCCACGGGUAUCCCACCGUCGAGUCGUUGAUCAGACUCGGCUCUACAUUACCUGAGAGGCCGAGGAAGCUGUUGGGAGGAGACAGGCUAUGUUAUCUCCUUCAGUCGUCUGGAACGUCCGGGUUUCCAAAGGCCAUGAUGAUAUCACAUAAGAACGCAGUACACACUACCAUGCAGAGCAUGAUAACGUCUUCCCGGACAGCCGAGUUUCUUGGUGUUCCACUACAACAGUCUGUGGUCCUGGGCAUUAUCCCAGCAUACCACUCGUUUGGCCUGAUUCUAUGGACUCUGCGCGUGAACGUAACCCGGUGCACGAACGUAUUGAUGUCAAAAUGGGACCUAGAAACCGCGCUGCAGCUCAUCGAGAAGUACAAGGUCACCGUACUCCCGCUCGUUCCGCCACUUGUCCGACAGCUCGCCCUAUCACCGCUAACGGAAAAGUACGAUCUCUCGUCUGUGGUAGCCGCCGCGAGCGCAGCAGCAUACCUGCCUCCCGACGUAGCGCACGCACUGGGCCAGAAACUGCCGCAAAAGGCUCCCAUCCCUUCAGGCUACGGGCUGUCGGAAGCUCUAUCCAUCGCCCAGCCAAUUACAGAGGGUAUCUUUGGGCUCUCUCGCUCCGAGCCAGGCACGAUUGGACACCUUCUUCCUGGCGUCGAGGCCAAAGUAGUCAACCCAGACACGUAUGAGCCAGUAGCUAAGGGAUCGAAGGGCGAGCUCUGGGUCCGGGCCCCCGUGGUCACGCCAGGAUACUUUAAAGACCGCACCGCGACCGCAGAGCUAUUUGCCGAGCCGGGCUGGCUGCGAACAGGCGACCUGGUCAAGCGAGACGCAGAGGACCGACUUCACUAUCUCGACCGGCUGAAGGAGAUGAUCAAGGUGAAGGGUCUGCAGGUUGCGGCGACGGAGGUCGAGGACACGCUGCUCUCUCAUCCGGAUCGGCUGGUACGGGACGCCUGUGUAGCCGGAGUAGACAACGGGCGAGGAGACGGCGGCCUCUUCCCUCGUGCCUGGGUAGUGCUAUCCGACGAGGGAAGACGACAUGCUCCAGAGAGAGUCAUCCAGCAGCUAGACGCCUUUGUCAAGAGCAGGCUGUCAAAGUAUAAACAUCUCGCCGGCGGCAUCGAGAUAGUCGACAGCAUACCUCGAACGCCCUCGGGUAAGAUGCUGCGCAGAGAGAUGCGAGACAGGCACCACGCCAGGCAGAAGGAUAAAGACAAGCAGGAGAAGGCGAGACUGUAG